UAGAGGAGGAGGAGGAGGAGAAGGAGGAGGAGGAGGAGGAGGAGAAGGAGAGGUUCCGGUGUGGGAAAAGACAGAGGGUUGGUCUGUUAUAGGUGGGAAGACUCACCAGUUGUGAGCUAAGGUGAGGGAGGAAGGGAGAGAGGGAGAAAGGAGGUGGUUGGAGGAGGAGAGGAUGGGAAGGGACAGAGAACGAACUCCUGAUGAGAGCGGCGAGCGGGGUCGUUCGCCGAGUAGGGAAUGGGGGGACCGGUCGCCGGGGAGGAGGGAGAAAGAGAGAGGUGGUGGGGAGGAGGGAGGGAGUCCUCCUCCGGCUAGCGAGUUAGCGUCAUCGAAGAGAGGGCGGCGCGACCGGUCGGGGAGUCCUCGGUCGCCGGGAGAGGCAAGGGCAUUGCGAAAGCGAUCCCGGUCGCCGUCCAAGCGGGAGGUGGAGAGAGAGAGGGAGAGGAGACCGGUCGCCCGAAGCCGGAGCCGAAGUAAGGAGAGAGAAAGGAGGAGAGGCAGCAGAGAUAGAGGAGGGGGGAAGGGAGGUGGUCGCAGCCGAAGCCGCAGCAGGAGCAAGGAGAGAGAAAGAGAGGGUCGGAGAGGGAGGAGUAGGAGUAGGAGCAGGAGCAGGAGUCGGGACAGAGGGCGCGGUAGAUCGCGCAGCAGGAGUCGGGACAGAAAAGACAGAGCGGACAGUCGUGACAGAAAAGAUAGAGGAGAUAGACAUAGGUCGAGGAGGAGUAAUAGCAGGAAGGAUCGAGAAGACGGGAGCGACAGAAAAAGAGCUAAGUAUGAUGGCGAUGGUGAUGGCGAUGAAGAUGAUGAGGGUGAAGAAGAAGAUGAUGUCUCGGAACGGAGGACCUCAAGAAAGCAGGGCACAGAGCAAGGCAAACGAGCAGAGACGUGGUUUACUUGUGGUGUGGAAUUCUCGGUGAAUGAACGAUGAAGUAUCAGAGUAAAGGAGCAAGAGGCGG